CUAGCGGCAGGGUGGGUGGGGGCCGCGAGUUGGGGGCCGCGCCUGCUGCGGGAGCCCCCGGGUUGAGUGAGGGGGCUCCAGUGCCGGGCCCCUGGUCGGUGGGGGCGUCGUUACCGUCCGUGGGCUGCAAACAGGCGCGUGGGCAGACACGGGUUGACGUCCGAAGGCUCCUGUACGGGACGAGCGCACUACCAGCUUCGUAGACUGCGGAUUCGAGGCAGCUUGAUGUUCCGGCGGUUGGUUGGAGGCUCGACUUCGGAGGAGGGUACCAAGAAACUGAGAAUGUUUCCUUGAAUUCGCUUAUGUAUUUGUUUCAUCAAUGUCACUCAUAUGGAAUAUCUUGAGAGAAAUGCUGGAAUAUUUUGGUGUUCCCAUAGAUCAGGUUUUGCAGAUUAGAGAAAAUAAAGACUAUGGAUCAGCUCGAAGUAUUGUUCGUAUCAUCGGGAAAAUUCUUCCUCUAGAACCUUGUCCCAGGCCUAAUUUUGAGUUGAUCCCACUGUUGAACUCUGUAGACUCUGCUAACUGUGGAUCUGUAGUUCCAUCUUUUGCUGAUACUUUGUGUGUGGCAAAUGAUGAAGAAGCCAGUUAUUUCAGAUUUCGAAAUAAUAUAUGGAAACAUGAAGAAGAACAGAAAACUGAAUUUUUCCAUUCUUUGCAACCAGUCUGGAAUCCACUGUCACCUGCUCUCAGACAGAGUAAACGAAUGAAAAAUGAUGGGUCUGUAGGUGAAGCUGCCUUUAAAAAGAUAGCCGCCCUGGAAGAGGAGCUCACUUUCCUCCGCACCCAGAUUGCUGCAAUCGUGGGGAGGCGGGGACCCAAAACCAGUGUACAUGAGAGCUUCUUUGACUUAAAUGACGAGCCUAGCAGUUUGGGACAACAGCCAUCACCAGGGACUGCUGAACUGGGUGCCCAACCGGAUCCAUUUUCAAGUUCAAUGCUUUUCCCUCCUCCUCCUCCGCCUCCUCCUCCACUGCCCCCUCAGCUUUUUUCUCCACAGCCUCUGUGUUCUCUCACACAGUCAGGGUUGAAAAAUACAUGUGACUCGGAUAAUGCAGCCAAUGAAAUGAAAAAACAGCACCCAGGUGACAACAGUAAGACCAAUUACAGUCGUUCCAAAAACCAGGAAAAUCAAGAUGUUCCAAACAUGUUGGAUGUUCUAAAGGACUUGAAUAAGGUUAAGCUUCGGGCUAUUGAACGGUCACCUGGCGGUAAACCCAUUCAUAAGCGGAAAAGACAAGAUUCACAUUGGGAUCCAGUGUCUUUAAUAUCCCAUGCACUUAAGGAGAAGUUUGCUUUCCAAGAAGAUGAUUCCUUUGAGAAAGAAAAUAGGUCGUGGGAAUCUUCUCCAUUUUCUAGUCCAGAAACUUCAAGAGUGAGCUAUAAUAAUGUGAAGUUAAUGUUUUGAUUUUUUUUUAAAGUGUAUUGUUCAUGAUAGAUCUUUGCCUUCAAGUUCUUUUAAAGUACCUGUGCAGAACGGGCUAUACAGUUGUUGCUGGUACCGCUAAUGUUUCUGUUGUUUCUGUUAACUUUCACACAUUCCUUUUUGCUUUUGACUUACUAUGAAGUUUUUUGAAAUAAAACACUUGAUUUGAAAAAUA